CGGAAAGGCUUACUAGUGCGACAGACUUCAAACAUGCGGGGGCUGUUUCCACAAUCUGUGGUUUGUUAUGAACACUUAUGAACAGGAGGUGUGAAUGUUAAUCAUGACAACAAAGAGUUUUCUGGUGUGGUUUCUAAGCACAGCAUGACUCACGGCUCACAGGCGCAGACACGUCAACAGAUUUAAAACUACAUAGGUGUUGAGAGCAGGUGACUGGCGCUCAGGACUAACACCUGCUGAGGAAGGUGUGAAAAGGAAAAUCGAACAGAGUUGCCGAUGGACUCGGAGCAGAUAAGUGAAAACGGACAGAUCGAAGAGAUGGCAUGGUCUCCAGCGCUGACGCGCGAGCCCCGUGGCAUGACGUCAUCCUGCGGCUGUUGCUCUGACUCUCCUGUCCAGCCUGUACACAUUCUACCUGGAAGAGUCAGCAUGUCGGCAGUACCUUCAUUCGCUUAUCUAGGGCUAAACUCCAGUGAUGAUGUCAUAAGAGAAGGAUCUCCUUUUACCGACGUCAGCGUGAACAAUCCUUGCCUGCUUGUCUGGAGAGCUUAUGGCUUGCGUAUCCGGAGCAUAGAAAAGAAAGAUUAUGGAUUUUUUGAUGAGAGUGGCUGUUACAUGGUCCUGAAGGUGAACGAGGAUAGAACAUGCUCCAUCAAUGUGUGGCAAGGGCGAAAGGCUACCAGGACAGAUACGAUAGAAAAGAUGUCCCGUGAACUUGAUGAACACAUACAUAAAGCAGCGAUCUUCACGAGAGAGAUGCAGGGUCACGAGACAGACUUCUUUCUUCGAAAUUUUCCAGAGGGAGUCGUGUAUGUCGAUAUCAAAGGCAAGGGAAAGAUGAACAAGACGGCAAAGAAACUUUAUAUUAUCAAAGGAAGGAAGUAUGCCGUAGCAUCCAUGGGGGAGAUCAAUCCGGAUGAGUUGGAUCCCUCGUCAGUGAUCUUGUUAGAUGGCUAUCCUCGGAUGUACUUGUGGAUGGGUCAGCGAACUGACACUGUGACCCGUGUAAAGGCUAUUCAGCUGACCAAGCGAUUGAGGGCAUGUCAGAGGAACGGAAGAGCACAUAUAGUCGUCAUAGAUGAUAAUGACACGGAGAACAACGCGACCUUCUUGAAAAAACUACAAAACACCAAGAAAUUCCACAGCUCUCUGAGCGACAGAGGUCUACAAGACGGCAGCUCCACAACUUCUUCCAAUGUUAUCAAUUUACACCGGGUCACAGGUCAGCGAGUGCUAUAUGACAUGCCCUUUGCGACUUCUGUCCCACUGCAUCAGCGUUUCCUUGUGUCCACGGAGAGCUUCCUUCUGGACCGAGGUCCUUGUCUGCCACUCUUUAUUUGGGUCGGAGCAAAGGCCCAGGAACAAGAUUACUUUGACGCUAUUACCCGAGCAAGGAAAUUUGCGGAACACCUGUCUUACCCGGCCUGGCUACCAUUGUGUCGUGUGAUGGAAGCAAGGGAACCCGUGUGUUUCAAAUACUUCUUCCGAACGUGGAAAGAGCUGUUAAUGACUAAGCCUUUCGCCUCGCACAGAUACAGCAUCGCCAGUAUAGAACACGGACAGUUUUCUCAAUGGGAGCCUGGGGCUGUUCCUUCCAGUGCCACACAUAAAGCUUCAGAAGAUGAUCUUGAGCUCACCACUGAUGGCUCGACUGAGAUGUUUCGUGUUGACCAUGCGACCCUAGCCACCCUAGCCACCCAGUGCCGAGAGCCUGGUGUCUUCAACAGUUCAGACUGUUAUGUUAUACUGCACCGACCGAGCUCAGACCCUCAAUUGAAUUCGAAUUUCACCAUUUUCUAUUGGCUAGGGAGAAGGAGCUCAGCAGAGACUCAAUCCACUGCCCUGGCGUUGUCGAUGAAUUUAUCAUCUAAACUGGACAAUGCAGUCGUGAUCCGUGCGCUGGAUGGCCAUGAACCACGCAGUCUCUUGACCAUCUUCGACAGAAGCAUCGUCGAGCUGGAAAUCCAGGGGGACGGCGUCGAUGUCCAGAUGUACUGCGUCAGAGAGUGGGCUGAAAGUGGCAUGAGAGUUCAUCAGGUGCCGCCUUCUGCCUCUUCGCUUAACUCAUCCGCUGCCUUCGUUCUAAUAGCGCCCAACCGCAGUAUUUUGUGGUAUGGAAAGUUCACAGGAGGCCUUGUGAGAGAGUUUGCUAAAAACAUGCUGGCGUUCUUAGACUCCUCGAGGAUGUAUACAUACGAAGCCAUUACUGAGGGCGGUGAAGCAGACGACUUCUGGGGCAUCAUUGGUCCGCAGCAGCCCUAUCCAGAAGAAUUCAUUGACGUUGUACUGCCGAGGAGGACGGCACGCCUGUCUUGUUGCAAUCGUAGGCUGAAUGGUACUCUACAGCUGGAAGAGAUCGACAGCUUUACACAGGAGGAUUUGUGUGAAUCGGAAAUUUUCAUUCUGGACACCUUUGAUCAGGUAUUUUUGUGGUGUGGCAAUGCUUUGGAUGACCACACCAAGAAGACACUUUUGCCGAAUUUGCUACAGGAUUAUCUGGACUGCGAUCCAGCCCAAAGGAAUAGCAGUGAAGUACAGCUCUGGAUCGUCAUGCAGGGAAAAGAGCCUAAGAUAUUUUACCAGCACUUUCCAUUUUGGGAUAGGGAUGGAUAUACGGGACAGGAUGUGUACCAGUUGACCAGAAAGGCCCUCCGACAAGAAAAUGCUCGAAUAAAAAUCUUCUGUCAGGAGAAGCGUGACUCAUCCACUGAUGACGAAGACAUGACCUCCGAUGCCUGUACACCCGUCCAGAGCGCUAAUCGAGUCAGACACAACGUGUUACGAGCAUUUGGAUCAUCGAGAGGUCGGGCCACCCAGAAACUAGCCCCCGGGCGGAGGUCUUCCUCUUUGAACGGCUGCUUCAGGUCUAUUCACACCGCGUAGGAGGUGUACAGUCAACAGUCCAUUCAAUGCAGAUUCCUCACAGUCGGAUGUCUUUAUCAAACGUCACUUCCCUUUGACCUCUGUCUCGAUUGCAUUCCGCUAGAGUAAACAAGUUCGCAACCUCAUGUUCAGUGUAGGGGCGCAUAAUCACUGCACAUCAUAUAUGGACAGCAGGACAACGUCUGGUGUGGAGUGCUUUCUAUUUCCUAUUUCUUGAAACUAUAUAUAUGGAAAUGAUUUUUGAUAGAAUGUUAGUAUUAAUAUGUUCGAAAAAAUAUAUUUAUAUCUACACACACACAUUGGUGUGAACACUGAAUUAUUUUAA